AUGAUUAAGGCUGUUAUUAUUAUUAACACGGCUGGAAAAAUUCGGUUGUUGAAUGUAUAUGAGAAAGAUAUUCCUUUAGCACUUCAACAGCAUUUAGUACGUCGAGUUCACCACCUUAUUUCACGUCGUAGUGGCGAUCUCUGUAAUUUUGUAGAUAAUUUCAUUGAGUGGCCUACUCCUGAUACCCGUGUAGUCUACCGUCACUACGCCACACUCUGUUUUGUCUUUAUUGUAGACAGUAGUGAAUCUCAAUUGGCGAUACUGGACCUUAUUCAAGUCUUUGUGGAAGCACUUGAUCGAACCUUUGAAAACGUAUGUGAACUGGAUCUUAUUUUUCACUCGGAUAAAGUGCAGUUGACACUAAUGGAAAUGGUGAUGGGCGGUAUGGUGUUGGAAACCUCACGUGAGGAGAUACUACGGGCUAUGUCUGAGAUGCAGCGUGUUGGGAGCUCCAAAACAACCUCGAGUACAGUUGCCGUUUCAGGUUAUCAUUAA